AUGGCAGACGAUUCCGCCAACAUUAUCCGCCAUGAUCUCGAAGAACAUAAAGACAACUCAACAGCCUUAAAGACAAUAAUUGCACCACCUUGGGUCUCGCCGCAGAAUAUUCGCAGCACCGACGAUAUUUUAUGGAGUUGUAUCCUAACUCUCACGGCAUGUAUUUACACCGCGCUUCACUUAAACAUAUCCCGCAAACCGUGUCUGAAGAAGCGGCUAUGGUCCAAAGUUAGAUGGGUCUUCAUCGCAAUUAUCGCACCAGAGGCUGCGGUAUACAUGGCAUUUUCCCAGUGGCUUGAGGCGCGACAACUCGUGAAGAAACUCAACGAAGAAAGGAAAAGGGAAGAAGAGAUAAAUAAUAGAGAUGUGCCCCCGAAAUUUGGCUUAACUUAUGGCUUUUUUAUUGUCAUGGGUGGUCUGCGGGUUUCAUACGACGAUACAGCUAACGAUAACGGCAACGAUGGGACAUGUAACCCAUGGACGCCCUCAGACAACCAAACGGAGUAUUGGUCUCAGCCCAAUAGCACCAAGACUUUAUCACCUGAAGCGGUGGUUGCUCUUGCUAAAAAUGGCGUGUUCCUCUAUGUAUCGGAAGAGAGCAUUGCUGACAGAAGCAAAGCAGACUCGAUACAGAAGGCUUUGGUUGUCUUGCAAGUCUCGUGGAUGUUUUUACAGUGUGUUGCAAGGAAAGCAUACCAACUACCACUAACACUACUAGAGGUUCAUACCAUGGCACAUAUUCUUUGCGCAGGGUUUAUGUACGCAUGUUGGUUCAAGAAACCGCUAGACGUGUUCAGUCCUGAAGUCCUAAGAUAUUCCAGCUUCAAUAACCUCCCUCGGACGUCAAAUUUAUCAUCAUCAUUAACUUCUCAGAAUACUUGGAACAUUCUUACUCUUCUGUUAUUUGAAGAUAUGACUAGGCAUUCCCGCAGCCACCCGGAUAAUCUACCGGUAUUCCUACCUCUAGAAGCUACAUGCCGCCAGGGAAAUAAUGGCGAUCCCACUAUUAAACCGGAUGAGCAAGACGUUGAAAGAACUGUGUCAACAAUAGAAGUUGGUUCCAGAUUCGGCGAGGAGGACACUAUCCUUUUACAACAAGGAGAAGUCCUCCCAAUCCAAUACCAAAGCGGAGACUUUCUAGCAAGCCACUUACAACCAAAUGGACUCAUUCCCUGCGGAUUCCAACUCAAUUCAAUAAAUCCAGGCGGUCAGGUUAUAUCUCGCAAGGACUACUUGAUGCUACAGAGAGUAGUUGCCGCGAUGAAUGCAAUCCAGGGGGGUCCGAUAUCAGCCCCAGUAGGGUUUCCCUACAAUAUAUUAAUCAACAACGAGCCUACAAGCCCUCCGGGUGACUCUGAAGACCCACCGGACCGGUUGUCAAUACUCGGGGAUCGGUCAAACUUAUUUGGCGACGCGACGAUAAUAACCAUUACUAAAGCAAUAUUCCCUGUUGAACUAAAUCCGUAUACAUUCGCAGGAAUUCAUGCCCUCCCGGGGAUAUAUGGUGCUAUCCAUUUACCAACUAUGAACUCCGAGUUCCCUUCCGAUUCCGAGUGGUUUAUAUGGAAGCUUUCUUGUCUUGUUAUCAUGGUACUACUUCCAUGCGCAAUACAAGGGGAACUUUGUCUAGGCCUGUAUGUAUAUGAAUCGGUAAAGAGACGAAUUACUAUGAUACUUUUGAUAACCAUCACUAUCGCCCGGAUCUAUAUCAUCGUCGAGGCUUUCAUCAGUCUGCGUCAUGUGCCGAUUGGAGUUUACCAGACUCCCGCAUGGCUUUCGAGUAAGUAA